AUGGAAAAGGCAGUAGUCAUAUUCAGCGGUGGUGCAGACUCGGUCUGCAGCGCGGCGCACCUUGGCUCGACAUACGACCUCUACGGAAUCACCUUCUCCUACGGACAGAGGGCGGGCCGGGAGGUGGAGGUGGCGAGGACGUUUGCGGAUGCGCUCGACUUCAGGCAGCACAAGAUCGUGGACAUCGGCUUCAUGAAGGAUCUCUACGCGGGAACAAACGUGCUGACCGACGCAGACAGGCAGGUUCCCGAGGAGUUUGACUACACCAUCGUGGUUCCGAUUCGCAAUGCUGUGUUUUUGACCAUCGCCUCGACGUGGGCAUACACCCUCAACGCCCCGCUGGUGGCAUACGGCGCCCACACCGGAGACGAAAACUAUCCGGACUGCCGGCCAUCCUUUGCCCGCAUGCUGGAGGCGGCGCUGAACCACGGGGAGGCAGACGGAAUCCGGUCACGGGUACGCCGGAGGAUAGAGAUCUGGAGCCCCUUCCAGCAGGGACUCUCAAAGAGCGAUCUGCUCGGUUCACUGUGGGCGGUGUGA